AUCUAUGCCGUCUGCUCCACUUCAUGGCUCCUGCAUGGGCUGUUCGUCGCGGCUACUUAUCCGGCCAUAUUCCUGACCUCUUUGAACCAGUUUCCAAGAAUCGCCAACUUUGCAAGGCGAGGUCUCCGAAAAUUCCUCGGUGGUCAACCGCACUUCAUUAGGGACAAGCUUGCGCUUUUCAAUCUGCCGGCCCUGGAAAUCGACACCGAUGUCGAUGGCCUCUUUGUCAUUCGUGGUGUCACUUUCAGCUUCUCGACGCUCACCCUGGUUGCUCAUGGAUGUGAACUUGGUCUCAAAUUGGCCGACGACAUUGAAUUGGCAAUAUAUGUCGAUGAGGUUACAGUACGCUUCUUCCGCCGCAUCGAAAUCGGCGAUGUCUAUGCCAACGCGAAAGGCGGUCAAUUUGAGAUGACAUUUGGUGGCCUGGAGGAUGAUGACGAUGAUGUAGCAAGCGAAUUCAGCGUCUUCUUGGAUGAUACACCACUACUCCGUGCUGCCACAGCAGGAUCUAAGGGACUGACAGAUCGGCCCAAAUUGAGAGAGACUCUGACCGGCGUCAGCUAUAUGCGAGACUCCUCCGCUAGAGCGGGUCUGCAUAUCGUGACAGCACUGCACCCGGACGAUGAAGCUGCCGAUAAGCAGUAUCACGAGAAAUUGACUGAAAUACGAACAUCGAGCGCUGUGUAUCAAUCACGACAGGCGGUGCGCCAACGAGCUAAGGGCCAAGGCCGCCGACUAAACGAUGAAAAAGACAUGCGUGCAGCAGUCUGUGCUGAGCUGCACAGUCUACCUUCUGUCCCUCAUCCACCAACUCGAUCGGUGAGAGUCACUACACUACAGAACCUAUCGCCUCCUCAUGUCAGACGAUUUCUGCAUCGGCUACCGUUCCUUCUUCGACUCCUUCUUGCACCAUUGAGUUACUUUCAUCCAAUCAAUAUAUCAAGCAUUAACGCUGCUGGAAGUGGACAAUGGCUACAGAUGCUUCUUCAGGAGCGGGUAUUCAAGCAAUACGCCGAAAAUAGCGCAGAGCUUCGAAGGCUGUAUCGCAAGGUGUCUACAUGGCUUGCCGAUGCCAAUUUCUGCGUGCAGCUAGCAGACAUAGAAGGACUUGGACAGGUGCCGCUCAGCUCUGCAUUUGAUAUCGUCACCUACCUCAAGUUCUCAGAUGUGAUGGCCUAUCGUACAGCACUUGUAGAUGGCCAGCCGCAGAACGACAGCAUCAAGCAAGUCGUCAGGCUGGGCGGAGCGGAUGCGACAUUCACGAUACCUUCGUACUUACUACCACAUCAUGAGCAUCUGAUUCCGGCGAAACCUACGAGAGAGGACGAAGAGGUACUCGAGCAGGAGAUUGAUCAAGCUGACGGCACUCCAAAGAUAGUACAGGCGGAGCACAAGCUGGAACAGGCACUCAAAGACGAAACGAACAUCUUUUUGAGCGUCCACGGCUCGCUACCAGUCUCUUGUGAUCAGAACAUGCUCAACUUUGUCGCCGCACUCGUCAAAGCCACAAAAAUUAUCGAAAUGGAAAAAGAGAUCGAUGCAGCGGACCGAGCAGAUACGCCGAUGUCUCCCACUUUCUCCGACUCCACGUCCGAUGGACUCUCUCGAGUCACCUCAAUGGACGAAGAGCGCAGCAUACCUGAUUCCGAAAAAAUUUCCUUCAAAGAGGCAGCAGGCUUCAAAGUCUUUGCCAAGAACAUUCGUCAAAAUCUGCAGGAUGGGACGACGAAGGCCAAAAUCCGAGAAUUCGCCAAAGACCUCCAUCAGACAACCAAGGACGGGAUGAAGAAGACGAUUGUCGGCGGGUUGGUCAACGAUCGAUGGAUUGCAAAAAUGGUGGGCAAAGUUGCCGCGACAUUACAGAAAGCGCAGGGCGAUGUUGGGUAUAGUGGUAGCAUUCCACUCCCGCUUGAGCCGUACAGAGCGUUGUGGACUUCGGAAGGCAAGUUG